AUGGGUACGAAUUGCAUGACUUUGACGCGGUUCAUUAUCAGUGAGCAGAUGAAAUAUCCCAAAGCGUCUGGUGAAAUGACUCAACUUAUGAAUGGUAUUCAAACAGCCGUCAAAGCCAUUUCGACUGCUGUGAGAAAAGUGGGCAUCGCAGAGUUGUACGGUUUGACAGGGAAUGCCAAUGUUCAAGGCGAAGACGUAAAAAAGUUGGACAUUAUUGCCAACGAACUUUUCAUUAAUAUGAUGACUGCAUCUUACACCACUUGCAUGCUAGUCUCCGAAGAGAACGAAGAACCAAUCAUCGUUGAUCCCAGACAACAGGGAAAAUACAUCGUCGCAUUUGAUCCAUUGGAUGGCUCUUCAAAUAUCGAUUGUUUAGGGUCAGUAGGAUCGAUCUUCACUGUGUUCCGUAGAAUGAGACGCGAUCAUAGUCCUGUUGAUCCCAAAGAGGCGUUGCAAAGUGGAAAGGAGGUGGUGGCUGCUGGCUAUGCAAUCUAUGGAAGUUCAACAAUGAUUGUCCUCUCUCUAGGUUCUGGAGUCCAUGGUUUUAUGUUGGAUCCUUGUUUAGGUGAAUUCAUCAUGACUCAUGUUAAUAUUACUAUUCCUAAACGCGGUUCAAUCUUCUCAGUAAAUGAGGGCAAUUCCUGUUAUUGGUGCAAAGGGUUACUCAACUAUUUACAUGAGAAGAAAUUCCCAAAAGAAGGGAAGCCUUAUAGUGCUCGGUAUCAAGGCUCGAUGGCUGGAGACAUGCAUCGAACCCUUCUCUAUGGUGGCAUCUUCAUGUAUCCCGCUUUGAGCAGCGCUCCCGAAGGAAAAGCAAUCUCUAAAAAGGCCAAGGACAGACUUCGUCUUCUAUACGAAUGCAUCCCAAUGGCCUACUUAGUGGAACAAGCUGGUGGAAAGGCGAUGGCUAGAGAAGGCUUGGAUAUCCUGGACAUUAAGCCAACUCACAUCCAUCAGCGAUCACCCAUCUAUCUCGGCAGUGCAGAAGACGUUGACGAGGUCAUCAAGUUCAUCUCUGAAUCCGACUAA